AAUUCAAAUAAAAGACUCUAGUGCGGUUGCUGUUGCUAUCGCAGUGCUGUAUAUUAAAAAAAACAGUUAAAAGUAGAAGGUAAAAGGAGUGUGAGUGUCUUUGUGAAUUUAUUUGCAGUGUGAUCCGUUUAAAUAUUUUAAGUGUAGUGAAAGUUUGUGUCUGACUUACUGUUUACGCGGUUAGCCUGUUAGCUGUAGCACUGCAGUUAGUAAACAGGGAUCACUGUGUAAGUAAAACAUUUAACAUGUUGGCAGUGUGGAUCAACUGAGGUUUUAUACAGUAACGUCAAUGGGAAAGAGGAAGGACAUGAUGAUCCACCCCAGGUUUUUUGUAGGGUCACUGUGGAUCUGUCCUGAAAACUGUGCAUGAGGUGGGAAAACACCCUGGAUGUGACACCAGACAAUCUCGGGGCACCGUGCACACAAACCCAUCACAAUUAUUCAAGUAGUCAGCGAGGCGUGGCAUCUGUCAGGUGGUUUAGGUGCUGGACUAACGAUCGGAAGGUUGCAAGUUUGAAUCCCAGGUCCACCAAACUGCCAACACUUGGCCCCCUGAGCAAGGCCCUUAACCCCCAAUUGCUCAGUUGAAUAGGAUGAGAUACAAAUGGGAUGAUGAUGAAUACAAUGCCCACAGGAAGAAGCACAAAAAACACAAGAAACAUAAGAAGAAGCACCACCGUGACGAUGGUCACAGCUUCUCAUCUGAGGCUCUGGAGUCAGACUCCGGCAUCGUGCUGAAGCCUCCACAGCUGAAGCUGAAGAUCAAAUUAGGAGGGCAAACACUGGGCACCAAGAGCGUUCCAACCUUCACGGUGAUCCCGGAGGCUGUUCGCUCGAUGUCUCCUCUGAUCGUGGACAGUGAUGACGACGAGGACUCUGAUGAUGAAGACGACGAGGACGACGAUGAUGACGAUGAUGAGCCUUCAGAGGGAGUUCCUAUUGAGCAGUAUCGUGCCUGGCUCGACGAGGACAGUAACUUGGAGCCUUCUCCUCUGCCAGACAUGGACACCGAUUCGUUUUUGGAAGGCCCUAUGGAUGAGGAGGAGAAGUGGCUUGAUGCUCUGGAGAAAGGAGAACUGGAUGAUAACGGAGAGCUUAAGAAGGAGAUAGACGAGUCUCUUCUGACUGCCAGACAGAAAGCACUGUUGCACAAGCAGCAGAUCCAGCCCCUCUUCGAGCUCCCCAUGGGCUACAAAGAGAAGGAGCUGACGGCCGAGAUGCUGCAGAAGCGGGAGGAACGAGCCCGCAAGAGACGCCUGCAGGCAGCAAAAAAAGCUGAAGAAAACAAGAACCAGACCAUCGAGAGGCUCACAAAGACCAGCAAGGCCAAAAUCAAGAGCACAAAAGAGCGCAAGGCCAAGCAUUUGCAGGUGCCCAUGGUAAGGUACUUGGAUAACGCUCAGGGAGCAGUGAUCUCUUUCCCGGUCGGAGUGGCCGCUCCGGCACCCACCCCACCAUGUCCACUUCCACCUACUCCUGUGAGCUGCGGUGUCACUGGCUGCUCCAACCUGAAGAAGUAUUCAUGCUCCAAGACAGGAACUCCACUCUGCAGUCUGGAUUGUUACAGGAAGAACUUAAUGCUCAUAGAAAGUGCAUCUUAAACCUAAAGAACUCAAAUGGAUGUGGGUUAGAAACCUUGCACUAUUGAAACGGCAGGAUUUAUGGAUAUCUGUCAGUUAAAAAUAUUUACUUCAUAAUACAGAACUGGGAUUCCAGAAAUCCAGAAAUUAGUUUUUUUUUUUUUGUUUUUUGUUUUUUUUUAGCUCCCUAUUCCCAGUCGACUUUUCACAUGAACUUUCUACGAUAGCUGUCCUUCUCAGUGUCAGAUCCCAAUCCAUCAAGCAUGCAGAUGCAAUUAUAAGUUAACCAACCACUUGAGUGAAACUAAUCUCUUUAUCUAUUUAAAGGGGUAGAUUUAUUAUUUUUCAGCCCUCUGCUGUCUGUGAGGGGAACAGUAAUAGAAAUAUAUAGUAUAUGGUUAUAGAUAGUUCUGGUUCUCCUUCUGAAAGGAAUGGGAAGAGCCAGGUUGUAUAGUUGUAUUCAGGCUUAAUUUCACAAGCAGAACGAUGCAGACAGAAGCCUGAUGUAUAAAUUAUCCAGAGAUACACUGCAUGGACAGAUGACAGCUCACAGUCAUUUUAGGGUCUCUUUGAAAUCAUACUGAUUAUUACCGGUUCAGGAAUAACUUGUACGCUCAAAACCCGACGGUGUGAUUUCUGUCAAAAUUCAUCCUGCUUGAUUUACAUUGUAUUCUGAUUUACAGAUUAUCUUCAUUUGUCUGUGUGAAUUAUGUUGAAUGACAGAAGUGCACUAUACUGAAUCAGUGUAGACAUAAACCCAAAGUAUUUAUUUAGUUUGUGUGAUGCUUUAUUCUGUCAAGGCUUUUUUUUGUUGUUGUAAAAAAGUCUGAAAUAAACAUUACUACAAGGCAGCAUCA